AUGGGGAAGAAGCCGGGCAGCGCUGGCCCUUCCUCGACGGCAUCCAGGCCCAUGAACCAGGCCGUGUCGCUCCGCGAGGAGACCUCCGGAAAGACGCAGGCCGACACGCCCUCCCUGCUGAGGGUCCAGCACCUGCAGCGGCUGGGGGCGUGGGCAAGCGGUGAGGCGGGAGUUGGCUCGAUCGGAGCGCUGCUGGGCCGCCGCUUCGCCAUGGACGCCGAGGCGGCCAGGAUCCCCAUUGGUGCUUCCACCUUCCUUUGCCAGAGAUGUGAAUCAAUCUUACAGCCGGGCUUCAACUGCACAAUCCGCAUAAAGAACAACAAAAAGAAAGCAAAGCGGCGCAAGAAGUCAAAUCCUGGCCAAAACAGUGUUGUCUAUGCAUGCCAUUUCUGUGGAGACCAAAACCUGAUACGGGGUAGUGGAAAGGGUAUCGUGAAGGGACUGUUGUCAUCAAGAAAGCCUGUUAGCACAAUGUUGAAAGCAGAAAAUGUGAACAUGCCAACAGUAAUAACUACUAAAAAGGGGAUCAAGCAUUCUGUGACAGCAGCCUCGCAAUUGGAAUCACCCAGUCCUGAAGAUUAUAAAAUGGAGAAAGGGGCAGUUUUCUCAAUGGUGGAUCGUGGUCAGUCAGCGGCUGCACACAAAGACAUCCUGCAGAAAAUCGGAGUAGAAAGCGCACAUGAUAAAUGUGUGAAUGGAAUUGAGCCUGCGGCAUCUAAAAAUACUAGUGCAUGUGAACAUGAUGUCACUUCUCAGGCAGAAUUUCUAGCUGGGUCAAACUUUGUUACUCCUCAGAAGAACAAACUGGCGGAAGUGACUGCGCCUAUAGCUUCAUCAGCUUCGAAUACCAAAUCUGCGCCAGGUGGUUCUACUCAGCCGGCUGGCAGUUCAAGGAAGCGGGCAAGAAAAGGGUGGACUACGCUGAAGCAGAUUGCUGAGAAGGACGAGCUUGAGAGAAAAGAGAAGAUGGAUAACUUUGUAAUCCCGUUCUUCAUGCAGUAG